UUCCGUAGUUCUUGUAUGGUUUGUAUUGUACUUUAGCGUUAGCGAUUAUUUUGGGGCCUUUUCUCUUUCUCUCUCUUUGUGUGUGUCUUUUCUUCUAUCGAUCUUCACGGCGUGGUUGCUUUUCGAUCUCUCCCCCACAAAAUUAGGGUUUACACCUAGAUCCGGCCACCUUCUCCUUCCUCCCACAUGUUUUGGAAACUCGCUUCGCUUUCUGCUUCCUCCCCCGUGGAGGCUAUAUUAGACAAGGAGAAUUUCACUUUGGAAGAGCUUCUGGAUGAAGAGGAAGUGAUCCAAGAAUGCAAGGCCUUAAACAGUCGUCUUAUUAACUUUCUGAGAGAUCAAGCCCAGGUUGAGCAAUUGUUACGAUACAUUAUUGAAGAACCACCAGAAGAUGCUGAAAGUAAACGUGCCUUCAAGUUUCCAUUCAUUUCCUGUGAGAUUUUUACAUGUGAAAUUGAUGUCAUUUUGAAGACCUUGGUCGAUGACGAAGAGCUGAUGAACUUAUUAUUCUCCUUUUUGGAGCCUAACCGCUCACAUAGUACCUUGUUGGCUGGCUACUUUAGCAAGGUUGUUGUUUGCCUAAUGAUUCGAAAGACAGUGCCACUUAUGAAUUAUGUUCAAGCCCAUCAGAAUGUUUUUCGCCAACUGGUUGAUUUGAUAGGAAUCACAUCCAUUAUGGAGGUUUUGGUUCGAUUAGUAGGCGCUGAUGAUCAUGUGUAUCACAAUUUUAUAGAUGUGAUGCAAUGGUUGGCCAACAGCAACCUGCUUGAGAUGAUUGUUGAUAAAUUGAGUCCAUCUAGUCCUCCUGAAGUUCAUGCCAAUGCGGCUGAAACAUUGUGCACGAUAACUCGAAAUCCCUCUUCUACUCUAGCAAUUAAACUUUCAAGCCCAAGCUUUGUUGCAAAAAUUUUGGAUCAUGCAUUGGAAGUUUCACAAUCAAAGUCUAGCCUUGUGAACUCACUUUCAGUGUGUGUUUCUUUGUUGGAUCCCAAAAGAUCUGCUAUAUCAUCUCCCCUUUUUCAUUCAUUUCGAAGUCAACACAUGUAUGAGCCACCGAUUCCUGUAAACCCAGACACUAUUGGUGCAAUGCUCCCUAAACUCGGUGAAUUGCUCGUACUUUUGAAUGUAUCAUCUGAUGAAAAAGUACUGCCUACAACAUAUGGAGAAUUGAGACCUCCACUUGGGAAGCAUCGAUUAAAGAUUGUUGAGUUCAUUGCUGUCAUUCUAAAAACUGGAAAUGAAGUGGCAGAAAAAGAAAUGGUCAAUUCGGGAAUCAUUCAACGAGUCAUUGACCUUUUCUUUGAGUAUCCGUAUAAUAAUUCAUUACACCAUCAUGUAGAAAGUAUCAUUUUAUCUUGUUUGGAGAGCAAAACUGAAGCCAUUGUUGAUCAUCUUCUUCGAGAGUGUGAUUUAAUUGGAAGAUUUCUCCAAGCAGACAAACAUUCUCUUCUCUCUUCUGACAAAAAUCUGCCAACAGUACCUGCUGCUGGAAAACAGGCACCACGGGCAGGAAACAUCGGGCAUAUUACUCGAAUUGUUAACAAACUUGUUCACUUGGCACAUAAUCGAAGCCAUAUACUGACAUAUCUUCAGGAAAAUAGUGAGUGGAAUGAAUGGCAAGCUACAGUUCUUCAGGAGCGUAAUGUGGUUGAGAAUGUUCACCGUUGGGCUUGCGGACGUCCAACUGCUUUACAAGAUAGGAUGAGGGAUAGUGACGAUGAUGACCUUCAUGACAGAGACUAUGAUGUUGCAGCUUUAGCAAAUAAUUUGAGCCAGGCUUUUAGAUAUAAAAUUUAUGGGAAUGAAGAUAAUGAGGAGGAACGUGGCAACCUUGAUCGAGAUGAAGAGGAUGUCUACUUUGAUGAUGACUCUGCUCAAGUAGUCAUAUCAUCCCUCAGACUCAGUGAUGAUCAAGGGAGUAGUCUGUUUACAAACUCCAAUUGGUUUGCAUUCCAAGAUGACAGAAUUGCGGAUGGAACUGAGGGCACAUCACCAGAGAUGAUGGAUGAGAUAAACUUGAAUGGUGCUGCUAAUGGUGGUAACAGUAGUGAUGAUGAAGUAGUGGUUGGAGCAGAUGAAGAAUUGGAUGAAAGCAAAAAUAAUCUGAAUGGUACAUCUAGCUCAAGCACAAAUUUAAAUGGAAUAACUGGUAGUGAUUCCAUGAAUGGAGAUGCGUUGAACUUUGAAAGCAAAAAGGCAACCACUUCACAUGAUAUGGGAUUCUUCAGGUUCGAUGCAUCAGACAAUGAAGAGUUGUUUGGGGACAGGCCUCUGCCUGAUUGGGUGGGAUGGGGUGAACCUUUAGAUAUGCAAGAUGCAAGCGGAAGCAUGAAUCCAUUUGUAGAUCAUGAUGAUUCUGGUAGCAACCUUUCUACUAAAUCUCAAACAGGUAGCCCUAAUUCUAGUUCUCCUUCAAAUGGGGAAUCUAUUCCGUCGAACAGGUCGCCAUCUCCUAAAGAUUCAAUUGAUGGUGGUGUUGACUCGAGUCAAAGAUCAGUAGUAGUAGUACCAUCUCUCUUUGAAGAAGACGUUGAAUUUGUAGGUGUAGAAUUGGAAGGUACUGAGAAGGCUAUGGAACAGGCUCUAAAAGAAGGAAUAGUUGGGGAGGCAGGACCAUUGAAAAGAAACAUGGUCUCUAAAGUGCCAGAAAAAGAAAGUUCCGAGGAGGGUCCUGGAAUAAAGGAAUUCAAUGAUGCAAAUUACUGGAGGGUUGACCAGGAGGUUGCUGUUCUGGAGUGACGGACAUGAUGCUAAAUCUUGCUUGUUUGUAUGAAAAGUUAGACCAACACCAGUGGACCCUAUUCUUGGUUCGCAGGAGCGAAUGCAGCAAAUUAAUGUACAGUAUAUUUUUGUUUCAAUUAUGCCCUAUUUCUGUUCACGCUUAUUAGAGAUUAAGCUUGUUUAUUAUUCUAAGUUUUGCCUCUUCCUGUAAGUGACUUAUGGGCUUUCCCCCAUUUCUGAAUUUAUUCUGCUCUUCAUUUUAGGUUCAUUUCAACAUUGAUGAUAAUUUUCUUCUAGGUAUGUGGUUUUCAGUAAAUGUUCCCUAGAGGGCUUAUUUUUAAAUUCGCAACGAGGGCGCUUUGCUUAAACUGUGUAUCGUAACUAAACUGGUGUAGUGAAAGUGCAUCAAGAUAUCUACAUUUUUUUUUGUCAA